UGAAAACGCCCUGAGAAAUAGCUUUUAAUCAACUGAGAUAGAAUCUGCUUAUUCACCGAAGACAGAUCUGACUAAACCCGAAUUUAGACACAUUAACGGGACUAUAAGGUCUCUGUGGCAUCGCAGCAAGCUAACCGAAAAUAGCCGUCACAAUACCGGAGGUAAGGAGAUUCACAUUCAAAAUGAAAGCCAACAUUAGCGAGUUAUCGCUGUCGAUUGUGUAUUUUGUGGCUUUGUCUGUCUUAUUUCACGAAGGCGAGAUAAACGCAGACAUUUUUCGCUGGUGUUGCUUUAGUGGGAGUCAAAGACACGAUGUUAAGUGGAUCAAAGAAUACCGGUGGUCCUAGAACUUGCCAGAAAAGAAACAAGGACCUGUAGCGUCCACAGCUGGUCCUCAGGUCCUGCUGGUUCAAGCCCUGAGACGACGGCACCAUGGCCGACCGCGAAGAGUCCAAGAAGACGAAUGGCAGUGCUGGCCCCUCUUCCAAUCUUUUGGAGCCGCCCAAAGAGAGCAUGCAGCUUAAGAAGGAGAUCUCGCUGCUCAAUGGAGUCAGUCUGAUCGUAGGAAACAUGAUCGGCUCUGGCAUCUUCGUCUCCCCCAAGGGUGUGCUGAUCUACAGCGCCUCCUAUGGUCUGUCGCUAAUCAUCUGGGUCAUUGGAGGCCUGUUUUCUGUAGUGGGGGCCCUCUGCUACGCCGAGCUGGGCACCACCAUCACCAAAUCAGGUGCAUCUUAUGCAUACAUCCUGGAGUCAUUUGGUGGCUUCAUUGCUUUCAUUCGUCUGUGGACAUCUUUAUUGAUUAUCGAGCCCACCAGCCAGGCAGUCAUUGCCAUUACUUUUGCAAACUACCUGGUGCAGCCGCUCUUUCCGACCUGUGAACCACCAUAUGCAGCAGCCAGGCUUAUUGCUGCAGCCUGUAUAUGCUUGCUGACGUUCAUCAACUCUGCCUAUGUAAAGUGGGGCACCCGCGUGCAGGACAUUUUCACCUAUGCAAAGGUGGCCGCCCUCGUGGUCAUUAUCAUCACUGGCAUCGUCAAGCUGUGUCAAGGUUACACAGCCAACUUUGAAUCAUCCUUUCAGGGAUCAUCCAGGGAUCCCGGCGACAUUGCACUGGCGCUCUACUCUGCCCUGUUCUCCUAUUCCGGCUGGGACACCCUCAACUUUGUUACUGAGGAGAUCAAAAACCCUGAGAGGAACCUGCCUCUGGCCAUCGCCAUCUCUAUGCCCAUUGUCACCAUCAUCUACAUCCUCACCAACGUGGCCUACUAUGCCGUUCUGGAUGUUAGUGCCAUCAUGGCCAGUGAUGCAGUAGCCGUGACAUUUGCAGAUCACACUCUGGGUGUGAUGAGUUGGACCAUCCCCAUUGCUGUGGCCCUGUCCUGCUAUGGAGGCCUCAACGCCUCCAUCAUUGCUGCAUCCAGGUUGUUCUUCGUGGGCUCACGUGAAGGUCACCUUCCCGACGCUCUGUCCAUGAUCCACAUACAGAGAUUCACUCCCAUCCCUGCUCUGAUCUUCAAUUGUGUCAUGUCACUGAUCUAUCUGACAGUGGAGGACAUCUUCCAGCUCAUCAACUACUACAGUUUUAGCUACUGGUUCUUCAUGGGUCUGUCCAUCGCCGGGCAGAUUUACCUCCGCUGGAAAGAGCCUGACAGACCCAGACCUCUCAAGCUGACUUUAUUGUACCCGGUGGUGUUCUGCCUGUGUGCUGUUUUCCUGGUGGCAGUCCCUCUCUACAGCGACACCAUCAACUCUCUGAUCGGCAUUGCCAUCGCCCUGUCGGGAGUUCCAGUCUACUUCCUGGGUGUCUCUCUACCGGAGUCCAAACGGCCGCCUGUGAUCACCAGACUGCUGAGUUCUCUCACUCAUUUCACCCAGUACACCUGCUACUGUGUACUGACAGAGAUGGACAAAAGCAAAUAGAAUCCAUCGCACUUCAAAGCUUUACCCAGCAGCAGCAUCCUAACAGCUGAGUCACCGGGGGAGCCGAUGAGUUACUCUGCUGUGACCGAAAGCUUUCAUGACACUUUUUGUUCUACUGCACACUAUACCGAAGCUCUCAGCUCUUCACCGACUUGUUUACAACAAAGAAAAUUCUGCGACAUGUUGCACACGAUCACUUGCAGAAUUAUCCUGGAAUUCAAGGACGUUCAAGGACUUUAAUGCCUCAGGAUUUAAAGUACUGAAUGUUGUGGAUAUCGUUAGUUACAUUUCUUCAUCACAGUAUUCAACAACCUCUAUUUGAAAGGAUUUGCCUUCUUAGUUAUACAGGUCAUUUUCUAGGUUUUCCAGGUGUUUACUGCCUCUGCACCGUUUGUGCCUGUGGAAUUUUACAGGUGCUGUACAUUAUUCUGUGGGUUUAACGCAUUAAAACUGAAAGAUAACCUGUGCUGUAUGAGAGAAUGUGAGUGUGCAUACUCUCGUCUGUUCACAAUGGAAAAAAGGGAAGAUGUUUUCUUGUCUGCUGCUCCUUGAAGACUUUAAGUCACCAUCCUCAUGGACACUUUUGGUGUCGUUGUAUUUUAAUUUUAACUGGUUGUUUUACGUUUAAAUAGAAUUCUUCUUUUUCAUGUGGUUUAUUUAAUGACUUCUGUGAAUGACUCUUUGAUGGAAGCUGGGGCCUUCCUGUUCUUCAUGUUUGCUUUAAACUGUGUAGAACUUAAUGAGUUUACUUUUCAGUGUUCAGUGUGCUACAUCCAAGACACCAACAAAUGUUCAGACUCAGGUCAAAUUAGCAAUUUCCAUUUCCAUUGUAGUGAUCCAUCUUUAUGCCUGGUUAUACAAGAUUUGCAUAUUCUCUUCAGGAAAGCACUAUUUUUCCCCAACACCUUGAAAAAUUUCAUUACAAACAUGCUGAAUUUUUGCCUACAGUAACUGACUAAAUCAGUGAAUCCAUGUUAAAACAGACCGGCUGAUUUAAAUCCAAUCUGAUGUUGAAAAACUAAAUGCACUCACAUGUAUGAGAAGACAGACAUGCACAAAUCAUAUUUUACUAACUGGUAAAAAAUUAUGGACAUUUCAGCUAAUCCUAAAUGGCACCUAUUGGUUUCAAUCUAGGACUUCAUCUUAUGCCAUUAAUUAUGCCAUACUGGGACAGCAGUCAGCUCAAGGUCCAGUGCUGUGUCUUACACACAAGUGCUGUAUGGCCCCGCGGUGCACGCUCAGUUAAAAUGUGCUGAACCUUUUCGUGUUUUUUUUUUCUUUACAUCAUGAGGAAGCUAUCGAACAUUUAAGUCCCUCUCCAUUCAAAAAAAAUUUACUUGUACCUAUAGUUGAAAAUUUCAUUCUGUAGAAUGAAGUAACGAUGUGUACACAUCAAUUUCUGAAAGAGGAAAUUUUCUCUGUGCUCAUUAAAGACCUGAUUUUAAGAGA